AUCACGUCGACAAGGAACAGAAAUAAUGUUUUCGUUUUCUACACGGAGCUCUUUUAUUGUAACACCAACGUCUACACAUGUCAACAACGCACGAGUAUAUGGCAGAACUGUGGUCAGCUAUCUCUGCUGCUUUGCCUGUGACAGAGGCAGAAUUUCCACUUGACUUCGGUGAAAAAGUUGAGCCUUCUGUGGUGGAUGUGCUGAAACGUUGCAGGCAGCAGCUGUACACCAGGAGCGGUCGAUGGAGGCAAAACGCUCAGAUAAUCUUGGACUUUUCCUGGGAGAGGCUCAAUACAGGAACGUGGCGUGAUGUGGACAAGGAGUGGAGGUGUUUGUAUUCAUAUGGCUGCCUGUUCAAAGUAGCUGCCCUAUGCCGUGAUGAUGCCUCACCAGCUACAGUGCAGGAGGCCAUACGGACAUGUGACUUGGGCCUGCUCAUGGGGGCAGCCAUCAUGGACAAUAUUUUACAAACCAUUGUAAGGAUCCUGCAAAAUGAUAUCGGGAAGAGGCACUCCAAUGAGGAGAAUCCUAGUGAAGGAGUUCGUGCCAAGAAAAUGAAGGUUGACUGUGUGUCAGUGCCUGUGGUCAAGCAGGCUCUGGCAGUACCAAGGAUACACUGUCCAUCAUUGGAGAGCUUCAAGAAAGACUACUUGGAUCCCCAAAAGUCAGUCAUAUUAGAGGGUAUCAUAGAUCACUGGCCAGCCUUCAAAAACCACCCUUGGAGUUUAGAAUACCUGCAAACUGUUGCUGGUUGUCGGACUGUACCUGUUGAAGUAGGCUCAAGAUAUACCGAUGAGGAAUGGUCACAGACACUCCUUACGGUCAAUGAAUUCAUCAAUCGCUAUAUUGUUGUGAAAGACACAUCAAGUUUGGGAUAUCUUGCUCAGCACCAGCUAUUUGAUCAGGUCCCCGAGCUGAAAGACGACAUCCGUAUCCCUGACUACUGUUGUCUUGGUGAGGGAGAUGAAGAUGACAUCACAAUCAAUGCUUGGUUUGGGCCAGGAGGUACAGUGUCCCCCCUUCAUCAGGAUCCUCAACAGAACUUCCUGGCUCAGGUGGUUGGGAGAAAGUACAUUCGUCUGUAUUCCCCUGAGGACACUGAGAAACUCUACCCUCACCAAUUGCAGCUCCUACACAACACUAGUCAGGUGGAGAGCCCAGACGUGGUGCGAUUCCCAGAGUUUGUGAAGGCUCCCUACUUAGAGUGUGUGUUGCAACCUGGGGAGGUCUUGUUCAUCCCAGUCAAGCACUGGCAUUACGUGCGUUCUUUGGAGCUCAGCUUUUCUGUGAGCUUCUGGUGGUCAUGACCCAUGAGGGAUCCAGAUUCAGGUUGUUUUUAGUCAGAAUUUUAGUUAUUGCAGUGGUCUUGUAAAAUGCAAGUCCUGUGCUCACGCAUGUUGUGACUUAAGUCUGAAUGUUAUUUUCAUAAACAAUCAUUAACA